CGACUGGAGCCCUGGGGCCGAGCUGACCUCUGUCCCGUUUGCGCACAGGGGAGAUCUGGGGGGCAGCGCCUCGGAGUCAGGCAGGGGAGGGGCCGGGCUGUCCUGGUCACAGGGUCGGCUGCAUUCCUUAGACCAGGUGCUGCCGGUCUCAUCCCUCAGCGCGCUGCAGGGCAGGGCGAACCUUGCGCGCGCGCCGGUGCGCAGAUCACGUGGCCCAGCGGUCGCGAUCGCGCAGAACCCGCGACCCCCUUCGGCGGGCGUUGGGCGUCACCCGUCGUGCUUCUAGGUGGAGGGCGAUGCUUGCGGCGAUGCGCUCCCGCGGGGGCCCGAAGCCAGCCGUCUGGGCCCGGCUGGCGACCCGCGGCUAUUCCCAGGGCGCGACCUUCGAGAUCAAGCCUUGCGACCUGUACCGGCUGGAGCGGGGCCCGCCGACCACUGCAGAGCUGAGCCGCGAGGACGCGCUGCGCUACUACCGCAGCAUGCAGACGGUACGCCGCAUGGAGCUGCGAGCCGACCAGAUGUACAAGCAGAAGUUCAUCCGCGGGUUCUGCCACCUAUGCGACGGGCAAGAGGCGUGCUGCGUGGGGCUGGAGGAGGGCAUCGCGCCCUCGGACAGUGUCAUUACGUCAUACCGCGCGCACGGCGUGGGCUUCGCGCGCGGCCUCUCGGUGCGCGCCAUCCUGGCUGAGCUCACCGGGCGGCGCGGCGGCUGCGCGCAAGGCAAGGGCGGCUCCAUGCACAUGUACGCGCGCAACUUCUACGGCGGCAACGGCAUCGUGGGCGCGCAGGUGCCGUUGGGCGCGGGGAUCGCCCUGGCCUGCAAGUACCUGGGCACCGGCGGGGUCUGCCUGACCGUGUACGGCGACGGCGCCGCCAACCAGGGCCAGAUCGCCGAGGCCUACAACAUGGCAGCGCUGUGGAAGCUGCCGUGCGUCUUCGUGUGCGAGAACAACCGCUACGGCAUGGGCACCGCGGCCGAGCGCGCGGCGGCCACCACCGAGUACUACAAGCGGGCGCACUUCCUUCCCGGGCUGCGCGUGGACGGCAUGGACGUGCUGUGCGUGCGCGAGGCCACCCGCUUUGCGACCGAGCACUGCCGCUCGGGCCAGGGCCCGCUGGUCAUGGAGCUGCUUACCUACCGCUACCACGGGCACAGCAUGAGUGACCCCGGCGUCAGUUACCGCUCCCGCGAGGAGGUGCAGGCCAUCAGGAGCAAGAGUGACCCCAUCAUGCUUCUGCAGGAGAGGAUGGUGAAUAGCAACCUCAGCAGCGUGGAGGAGCUGAAGGAGAUCAACGCCCAGGUGAAGAAGGAGGUGGAGGAGGCCGCCCAGUUCGCCACCUCAGACGCCGAGCCCUCCCUGGACUUGCUGGGCCACCACAUCUACAGUGACAGCCCGCCCUUUGAGGUUCGCGGCGCAAACCAGUGGAUCAAGUUUAAAUCCAUCAGUUAAGGAAGACGAUAUGCAGAUGUAUUAGAAAUCUUCAGUCAGAUCUACGGUCAGCUUUACGUUUAGGGAGAGUAUAAAACCCUUGUAAAGUUGCAAUGGAAGAGAGUAGUAGAUUAUUAAAAGUUAUUAAAAGAUGUACACGCAAUGUAAAGGGUUGUUCAAUUACAUAUUGUAUUAAAACGCUAUAUUAAUCA